CACAAUGGGCUCCCCAAGGCCCCACCCUUUGCAACCAAGGUGAUCCUAGCUCCACCCCCUUCUUAACAGGUUGCCCCUAAGCCUCGCCUUACGCCCAAUCUAAAUCAGUCCCCCUCCCCCGAGCGGGUGCCUGAGUCAAAGGUUGCGGACACCGAGGGAUUUGCUCUGGGAGUCAGAGUAGCCGCUGCCACUGGAAUCUGGAGCCAUGAGCGGGUUUAAUUUUGGAGGCACUGGGGCCCCCACAGGCGGGUUCACGUUUGGCACCGCAAAGACAGCAACAACCACGCCUGCUACCGGCUUCUCUUUCUCUACGUCUGGCACUGGCGGGUUUAACUUUGGGACUCCCUCCCAGCCAGCUGCAAGCACCCCUUCUACUGGCCUGUUCUCGCUCACCACCCAAGCUCCAGCGACACAGACCCCAGGGUUCAGUUUUGGAACCACAACUCCUGCUACGGGAGGAACGGGAUUCUCCUUAGGGAUCAGCGCUCCGAAGCUAAACCUGAGCAAUGCAGCCGCCACCCCAGCCACUGCUCACCCUGGCGGCUUUGGGCUCGGCGGCAGCACCCUCACCAACGCCAUCUCGAGCACUGUCACCUCCAGCCAGAGCACAGCACCCGCUGGCUUUGUGUUCGGCUCCACCACCACCUCUGCCGCUCCGUCCACCACACCGGGGGGAUUCUCGUUCACAGGCGGAAGCACGUCCCAGAGCGGGACCUCCGGUUUCAAUAUUGGCUCCAUGGGGAGUUUGGCCCAGCCCACGGCACUGGGCGGACUGCCCUUCACUCCCGCCACGCCGGCAACCACUGGAGCAGGAGCCACUCAGCCAGCUGCUCCUGCACCCGCCGCGGCCACCACCAGUGCCGGGCCCACGCUGUUCGCCUCGCUAGCGACCGCUCCAGCCUCCUCCACCACCACCGGGCUUUCCCUUUGUACCCCGUCGACCACAGCUGCGGCACCCGGGGCCGGAACGCUGGGCUUCAGCUUAAAGGCCCCCGGGGCGGCUUCUACCUCCUCCACGACAACAUCCACUGCUACUGCCACCACUGCCACAGCCACCACCACGGCGGCCACCACCACCGCCGGCUUUGCCUUGAAUCUGAAGCCACUGGCACCGGCCGGGAUCGCCAGCAACGCACCGGCUGCCGCGACCGUGCCUCCUGGCUCCGGCGCACCCACGGGGGCGUCCGCCAGUCCCGUGAUGACCUACGCCCAGCUGGAGAGUCUGAUCAACAAGUGGAGCCUGGAGCUGGAGGACCAGGAGCGGCACUUUUUGCAGCAGGCCACACAGGUCAACGCCUGGGACCGCACGCUGAUCGAGAAUGGGGAGAAGAUCACUACCCUCCACCGCGAGGUGGAGAAAGUGAAGCUGGACCAGAAGAGGCUGGACCAAGAGCUCGACUUCAUCCUGUCUCAGCAGAAGGAGCUGGAAGACCUGCUGAGCCCGCUGGAGGAGUCGGUCAAGGAGCAGAGCGGGACCGUCUACCUGCAGCACGCCGACGAGGAGCGCGAGAAAACCUACAAGCUCGCCGAGAACAUCGACGCGCAGCUGAAGCGCAUGGCCCAAGACCUCAAGGACAUCAUCGAGCACCUGAACACGUCUGGAGGUCCCGCCGACACCAGCGACCCCCUGCAGCAGAUCUGCAAGAUCCUCAACGCGCACAUGGACUCGCUGCAGUGGAUCGACCAGAACUCGGCCCUGCUGCAGAGGAAGGUGGAGGAGGUGACCAAGGUGUGCGAGGGGCGUCGCAAAGAGCAGGAGCGCAGCUUCCGGAUCACGUUCGACUGAGCUGCCGGCCGUCUUCAGGGCCCGUGGGUUCCGAGGGUGUUGGGGGCAGUGGGCGCCGCGUAAUUAUUGUCUGGUUUUUGGUUGCAGUGAAUACUUGUUUGCUCCUUUCUUCAAACGACUGUGCUGUUGAGAACAGUUCUGUGGUCUGGCAUUUUGCAUUAGUAAAAAGAGAAAUAUUCCAAGCACUCUGGCCCUGACAGCAGCCUAGUGGGUGUGGUUUCUUUUGUGUAUCUUUUGCGUAUCCCAGACCCCAUGACCUACAACAGCACCCUCCCCAUCCUUCUUGGCUCCAGCCAGGUGCUGGAGAAGUGCUGAUUCGCACAAACACCAUCCGUCUCCCAGCAGGGUCCGCUAAGUGGCCACUUGUCCAACACAUAGUCGUAGGUGCAGUGAAAAGUCUCCGUCUUCGAGGAGACAGCAUCCUCGUAUGAGGUGUGUGCGUGUGGAAAUUCACCACCAGUGCAAAGAAGGGACGUGUGAAUAGAACCGACCGUUGGAUGUAGAAUUCAAAGGAGGAAGGACAGGUCAGAUGAGGGACUUAAAUGAGGUGUUGAGAAAAGGGUCAGACUCGAACCGGGAGGUCUUCACUUUGCCUGGCUGACAUGCCUCCUGAUUGUCCAGGUCUCAUCUUAGGCCUCACCUCCUCCAGGAAGCCCUCUCGGCCACCCCAAAAGCUGGGUCAGAUGGCUGUCCUGUGGUCCCUGCACCGCACUGAGCUCACAGCUUUGAUAACGCUCGCCACACGAUCUUAGGCCAACCGGUUACUGCCUCACCAUUAGAGUGUGAGCCCCUGCGGGCAAGGAGCGUUCCUUAUUCCCUUUUGUGACCUCAGCACCAUCCCUCACAUUUGCGAAUGAAUGAACAACAGAGAUGAAAAAACAGCAUAAAAUGUUCAUCCACAAAAUGGCCUGCUGAAAUGGCCACGGGUGCCAGAGGCGGCCACAGACUUGGUUCUGAACUUGACCGACGCUAAAGCAAACCUGGUUAGUUACAGUGAGAUCCAGUGUCCAGAAGAACAGAAGGCAGCCAGUUGUAUCCCAAGUGUCUUUCGUAUUUGUCUUUACAGUUCGCUGCACUGUCUGAAAUACCUGUGACUGUAUGUUGCUUUCCUAAAUAAAAUUUAUUGUGGAACAAAAAA